AUGGUGGACGGGAUAAGUUUCGAGCUGAUCAUUAGAUUAUUACGGUUACAAUUCUGCCACUGCACAUUAUAUGAAUUGGAUGGUGCGCUUCCUGAUGUUCGCCGUAAUUGUACGACGGUGGACGGGGUCGAUACGGCCGUAAACCCGAUCAGCUGGAAGGAGAUUCGAAGCCGACUGAGGAUGUCCUCAAAGAGGAAGUCGCCACCAACGAAGCUAUCGGAAGGCGGGGGCGGUGCGGGUACAGUGGCAGGCGCCAACGAGGAGGAGGAGGACACUACCUCGCCGGUGGCCGGUUCCGGUGGCGAGGCAGCCGUCGUCGUCGGUGAGGAGGGUGCCACCACCCCCGUCGACAUCGAGGAGUGCUACUCCCAUCAGAGAGGCGGCGAGUGCGAGUCCUCCGGCUGUUCAUCGCCGGCGACUACCAGCGAGCCGGAUCUACGCGACUCGCCGUCGCCUUCAUUGAAUUCCUUGCGGACGGCCAAGCGACAGAGGCUGUUGUUCCUGUCGAGCCAAGAGACCCUCGCACCGUAUCAUCCUCAUCAUCACCACCAUCACCAUCACCACCACCAUCAUCACCAUACGAACACGUCGUCGUCGUCGGGAGGUGCACUGGAACCGGCGAGCUCCUCGGAGUGCGGAUCGCCACCCACCCUCCUUUCCGUCGAUCCCUAUUACCCCCAUCAUCCACAUCACAAUAACAACAACAACAGCGUCACGCAGAAUAACAACAACAAUAACGGCAGUGGUACCACCGUUGCAGGCAGUAAAAGGUCCAUGGACGACGUUCUUAAAAGACUAACGUGCAAGAUGAACAGCGAAUCCUUGUCUAUCCAGGACGAUACUACCAAUACCAGGCGGACACCCCCGCCGCUCUCUUCCACGCCAACCGGUCACAAUGCACAUAGGGAGCGUCUUGUACAACAGCAGGAUCAAUCGAAGUCGUAUCCCGCUCACAUGACGGUCGACUCGCAGAAGCAAAUCGAGAUGCAGCGGCUGCAAACGGAGCACUUGAAGCGGCAGCAAGAGCACAUCAUGCAGCACAACAUCCAGGAGUUGCAGGCUCAGAUGACAAAGAGCCAGCUGAGCAUGUCGGGACCACAGUCACUGAUGUUUCUGCCGUUUCUCGAACAGCUCAGAGGGCUGCCCGUGCAGUCACCCAUGCCUCCACCGCCAGCCACGUCAACCGCCACCACCGGCAACAAACACAUCAACUCCAUCGCCAAUAUGAUCAGCAGCCAUCGAGAAGGUCCAAGCUGGGCGACCGCGCAUCUCGCUCAGAUGACAACGCAAAUGGAGAAGGAAUCGUCGUCGCCGGCGCCGAUCUCAUCCGCGGUAGCGCCGACGGCCCCGCCUCUUCAGGAUCUCGACGCCCCGCUGAACCUCACCAAGCCGAAAUCGACGUCCUCGGGCGCCACGGCGUCUUCCUCGUCGCCCGGUAGCGACUCGCACUCGACCGGUGCCGGAAGCAGCGGCCAGCAGGAGCAACCAUUAGCGGCGACCGCGCCCAAGCUCUUCCCGUCAGGACUGCCGAUACCGCGGAAUUACCUGCCGACGCUUUCUUACGCCGGUCUACCACCGCAUCUCAGCAGUCUGUCUUCGCCGAUGGGCAAGGUAAUGGCCAAAGACGAGGCCGGCGGACCGGGAGGAUCCGUGGCGGCCGCUGCGGUCGCGGCCGUGGAAAAGCACUUCGCGAUGCACGGGCUGUACGGAUUGCCGUCGAACACAGGUGGGAUGCCACCGUCGGCCCAGACUCAAAGACCGAUCAAGCAUUCUGGCUCUCGGGAGGAACCGCCUCAGGAGGAGCAGGAUUUUCUCUCGACGCCUCACAUGUGGCGAGAUCCGGGAUAUAAAGUAGCGGAAGACAUAACGGAAAAAGCUAAAAUGGUGAGGCAGCAGAAAAGGGAGGGUGAGAACAAGCCACAUAUCAAGCGACCUAUGAACGCAUUCAUGGUGUGGGCCAAGGAUGAACGUAGGAAGAUCUUGAAAGCCUGCCCAGACAUGCACAACUCAAACAUAUCGAAAAUUCUCGGUGCCCGGUGGAAGUCGAUGUCAAACUCAGAGAAACAGCCAUAUUACGAGGAACAGUCGCGACUUUCGAAGCUGCACAUGGAAAAGCACCCAGACUACAGGUACCGGCCGCGGCCAAAGCGCACGUGUAUCGUGGACGGCAAAAAGAUGCGUAUCUCCGAAUACAAGUCACUGAUGCGGCAGCGGCGGCAGGAGAUGCGGCAGUUGUGGUGCCGUGACGGCGGCACCGAGAUGAACUUCUUAUCACCGGUAAGUGCCGAUCUGACUGGCACGCAGCAUCACCCGGGCACGGGUGCCGGUCCGUCGCGACCAUCGGUCUCGCCGCCGGCGACGAUGUUGAACGGUGGUGGCGGUGCGGCCGGCCCGAGUUCGGACCAUCCUUCGUUCUACUAUCCACAGGACAGUCUAUCGCCCACGGACAUGAUGAACUUCUCACCCGAGAAUUCUGGCUCGAUCGGUGGCUACGACGCGAGUCCGCGGCACCACGACGAGGAUUGAACCGCAGCUCCGGGUCAGCCACUUUGGCCGCC